AUGUCCGCCAACCCUCCCACCCAACCUACGUUGCCGGCCAGUCGGAAUCGCAACUCUCUCCUGUCCAAGUUUCGCUCCCCGCUCGGUCAAAGAAAUCGAGGCAUCACCGACUUCUAUAUCGAUCCCGAUGACCCAUGGCGCUCCUACUUCCCCGGUGAUGUCAUCAAAGGCACCGUCGUUGUGACCGUUGUACGACCCGUUCGCAUAACGCAUAUAGUCGUAUGUCUCCACGGCUAUGUCAAGGUGUUCAAAAAUGCGAUCCCGGCAGGGGAAGCAACCCCCGACUUGGGAUUCUUAGGACCAGGGCGGGGUCGACGAGGCGCAGAAUACUUGGGCAAUGGGCUAGCAACAUUGUUUGAGGAUGAAGUUGUUCUCUGUGGCGAUGGACGCCUGAAGGAGGGCAUCUACAAGUUUCGCUUUGAAAUGGGGCUUCCUCCUUAUGCGCUUCCCAGCAGCAUCAAUUUUGAACGUGGAACCAUCGGCUACUCACUUACCUCUACCCUUACCCGACCGACCACCAUAAACCCUACACUCACAUGUCGAAGACGAGUCAACAUUCUAGAAAACAUCGACAUCGCACCUUUCCCUGCACCCAGGGCUCGUAUAGUUACAUUGGAACCUAUCUCAAAGCGCUCAAAAUCGAGGGGGAAAGCCAAGUCGACAAAUUCCGACGCCACUGCAGGGCCGGACACAUCCUCGGUCGAUACCCCUAUCAGUGGUGCGGCACCCUCCGUAGAUACCAGACCACCGCUGAGCCCCUCGCCAAGCAAUGUCAGCUCAUCCAGCCGGCCUAGCGAAAGCAGCCAAAGCUUUCGAAUCGCCAGCGAUCCCGGUUCAUCCGCAAGCACGGGUGGACACAACAGCGAGAGUCGCAGUGCGACCCCAUCUAUCUCAGAUAAAACCAUCACCGCAAAGGCCGAGCUUCUGCGCGCUGGCGUGCUCCCCGGCGAUACCCUACCCAUCACAGUCACAAUCAACCAUAGUAAACAAGUGCGCAGUGCGCAUGGAAUUAUGGUAACAUUAUACCGUCAAGGUCGCAUUGAUCUUCAUCCUGCAAUUCCCAUUGGCACUACGGCGGCCGGGAAAAAGCCGGUAUACGAAGACUGCUAUCCGCGAUCGCGGACGGGGCUUGGAGGGCUUACCUUGGGAACAAGUCGGACGAGCAGCACUUUUCGCAAAGAUUUGUCGCAGACAUUUGCCCCCCUGAUCAUUGACCCAAAUACCAUGACUGCAAUUGUAAAGACUUCCAUCCGAAUACCCGAAGACGCAUUUCCAACCAUCACGCGAGUACCGGGAGCCAUGAUCAACUUUCGGUACUAUGUGGAGGUCGUAACGGACCUACGAGGCAAAAUCACUUCACCAGAUCGCUUCAUCCCGCGUUUCAACAUGGUCUCCGGUGGUACUACAUUUUCGCCCAGCGGGCAGGUUCUUAAUCCAGCCGAUUCGAGUGGCGUUACUGCCAACUGGGCCGGCAACAUCUUGGACACGGACUCAAUCCGCCGUGAAAAAGGUGUGAUCUCAGUGGCCUUUGAAGUAGUGGUUGGGACGCGUGAUUCACAACGAAGGAAAUCGACGAAACGUACAUCAUCUACGGCUGGCGACUCCACCAUGUCACAAACGGCGCCUCCUGCAUCUGCAAUUCUACUCAACCCUGUUGAUGGGGAGGAGUGGCCAGAGGCGAGCCCAAUGCCUAAUUCCCAAGGGGAAUAUGGGACACAGGAGGGAUAUUUCCCCGAAGAGACAGAUUGGGCAGAGUAUCCCGAAGAAUACACCGAACAUUUCCAGCCAAUGAACUCUAUGGUUGCGCCUCCAGAAGUCGAAGAGCCCGUGGACGAGAAAACGCGGGUACGACGUCACGAGGAAGCUCUCUUACCUAGUCAACCGCCCGAUGAAGAUGAGGCAGGGCCAUCUACAGUACCAAUGGAGGUCCCCACUGCGCCGGUUUUGUCAGAUGAUCAUCAUCUUCAAGACUACGAGCAUGUACCUUCACCAGAUAUAAGUGGGGGGCCGCACGCUGUUCGCUCUGCGGAAUCCUUGCAGACCAUCGUCGUGAACGGCGCUGGGCCCAGCGAGCCACGUGUAUCAGGCGACGAUAAACAAGAGCUUGAGCGUCACCGACUCCAGGAGCAGGCGAGCGCACCUCAAGACGAGCCCAACACCCAGGAGCCCAACGACGGGCCCAGUGCGCCGGUCUUUGAUGAGGAUGAUCAACUGGUCGGUGGGACGGCGCAUGCAGACGAGUCGUUACCUCGAUACCAGCGAUGA